AUGUCGUAUCCAAGUCUGGAUUUCACCCAACGGUGCUGUGGAUCUCGAUCGUACGAUACGACAUUUAACAUGUGUUGUGGCGGUAAUGUCGUAUCCAAGUCUGGAUUUCACCCAACGUGCUGUGGAUCUCGAUCGUACGAUACGACAUUUAACAUGUGUUGUGGCGGUAAUGUGGUAUCCAAGUCUGGAUUUCACCCAACGUGCUGUGGAUCUCGAUCGUACGAUACGACAUUUAACAUGUGUUGUGGCGGUAAUGUCGUAUCCAAGUCUGGAUUUCACCCAACGUGCUGUGGAUCUCGAUCGUACGAUACGACAUUUAACAUGUGUUGUGGCGGUAAUGUCGUAUCCAAGUCUGGAUUUCACCCAACGUGCUGUGGUUCUCGGUCGUACGAUACGACAUUUAACAGGUGUUGCAACGGUCGUAUUUGCUAG